CUCAAAUUUACCUUAUCUUUGCUGCCUAAUGAGCUUGAGACGGAAAUAGCUUCUGAGUUCCAAUUUCCCCGCACCUCUCGUUCACCCAGUGAAGGAUUAGUGAAUGUCCUGAAGGUGAAACCUCACACAUUGCUUCUUAUAUAAAUCUAGCAUCUCAACACGCCUCUGAUGCAAACAAGCGAAAAGAUUUUUCCUCUCUGGAAGACAGUUUGACGUCGAAGCCCAACCGAGCCGACCUCGAUACUUGUCACCAUACCUCAAGCUCCUUUACCGCAAUCACGAGUUUCAUCUCUUGGGGAGGUCAUUAACUCCAAAUCAUUCUCUUCUCUAAUGAAUGGCUUACCCAUGAUAUCUUGGACACGUAGUCUCUCAUCUUAUUCUCAAUGCGUUCAUGGGUAUGCACACGCUGUUACUCAGUAUCUGGCUCAUGGGAAGAGUUGCUUCUUCAUUGCCGCCUUCACAGGUGCUUCGUCGUAUGUCAGGGCUGCAACUUCAAGGCGGGCCAGCUCUGGAUCCCCAACUCCUGGGAGUACUUCUGGCAUCUUCAGCGUUGCCAUGUUUGCGCCGUAUGCGAAAUUCAUUUUGAUACUCCUGAAGCUUUGGACAAGCACAUCUUGGAAGAGCAUCUCAACGAGUGUCUUGGAUGCAAAAAGAUCUUCGCUACGUGUAGCAGCCUGAUCGCCCACUUGGAAUCAGGGCAGUGCACUACUCAAUCAUUCCGAGCGGGGAGAGAGGCUGCGCAACAUUCAAACCGAGUCAUCAUCAAUCGAUGUGCAGCCUCGUGCCGUCGGUGGCAACAAUUCAUCAAAGAGGAAUUCCAUGGACUUAUGAUCACCGGCUGCCACAUCGAUAGUGGCACAGGGAUAAGGCCUUAUAAAUGCCCAAAGUGUGGAUGGGAUUAUAGGCAUCUCUCAGGGCUACUUAAGCACGUUGAAGACCAAGUUUGUGGGCAGCGACUGGAUCGAAACCCCAUCCGAGCAUUGAUGACCUAUAUAGCGCACAGAAGCCUGGUUCGCGUCGCAAAACAGCUGUAUUGAGCUCAAUCUUUUUGUUAAUGCGCAAUAGGCGUUGACGGGAAGCAAUAUGCUCGGUCUGAUGAUUUACGAUUAGGUAUGAAACGUCAUGAUAUACGAACAUAACAAAGCGAACCCAAAUG